UUUCGAAUAGACCAGGCCUGGCUCAACAGUCCAAUGUCCACUUCAUAACGGAGGAGUCAGCAAAAGAUACUGUACCAGUGUACAUAUGUAUAUACUGUGCAGUAAGAUUCGAUAUACAGGACACAUUUGACGUGCUUCGUCAGCUCCGUGUUACUUUAGUGUAGUGAUUGGAAGCCAUACUUACACGCAGUGAAGACCACCAGCGGCAUGUGUGGGGGGAGAAAUACAGAGAGAAGAUGCUGCCGUCUGUAUGCCAAACUCAAGCAGAAACAACCGUAUCGAGAGAAGGUCACCACAUCGCUCGCUGUUUAUGGCAUUUUUGCUGUGAUUGGAGGGAUCAAAGGUCAGAUCGGCCCUGCGUUCAUUGACCUGCAGAGUAUUUGUGACGUGGGUCUGGAGGAGGGAGCGUGGAUAGUGACGAGUUUGUACAUUGGCUACACGUUGGGUGCCCUGGCCAACGGCUUCCUCUACAAUCGUUGUAACGGGAAUCUUCUGUUCUCUGUCAGUGCUGUGUGUCUUACCGUCAUUGUGGCUGCCAUCCCUUGGUGCACGCACUACAGUCUUAUGGUAGCUAGUCACACCGGUAUGGGUCUGGUGGUCGGACUCAUAGACGCAGCUGGAAAUGCAGAAAUCAUUCGACUUUGGAAAACGAAAAGUAAAACUGUUCUGGUGGGUCUACACGUGAUAUUUAAUCUAGGUGGUGUCAUUUCACCCCUAAUCAUCGCUCCGUUCCUGAUGGGAAACGCUGACCAAAGUGAGGACAUCACUACAGAUUUACCGGAUCAGAUCGCCAUAUCUACAAUAGAUAGGAUGAACAACUCUUUACGACAUUCAACAAACUUUCAUCAACGAACUUCAGCUAACAAUACAUCAGAAAAUUACGAAUCCGAAAAUGUGUCUAGAAUAUACAUAGCCUACUCCAUCUCCUCCGUAUUCUGUGUAUUACACACGCUGUGGUUUAUAUUUCUGUAUUUUACCAAAAAGGGAAAUAAAAGGAGCAAUGAUGAUUCACAAAUGACAAUGGAACAUUCUAACGACCCCACACAAAUGACAAUAGAACAUUCUAACUACCCCACACAAAUGACAAAAGAACAUUCUAACGACCCCACACAAAUGACAAUAGAACAUUCUAACGACCCCACACAUUUAAACGAGAAGGUCAAUGGGCAUUCAAGUGGACAGGGGUAUACAAAUAAUCAGGAACAUUCAAACGUACUAGAACCUUCCAAUGGAACAGUAAACGAUUAUUCAAAAGUAGGAGCUGCACGUCCUUCCCAGAAAGUUAAAGACACGUCUGGAGGACAUAUCCCCAGGGAACUUCAGUUCCUUGGACUCGUUUUCAUGGUUAUAAUGGCGGCUAUAAGCAAUGCCAUCGAUUUUUCAUUUUCCACGUACUUAUCUUCAUUUUGUGUAGAAUUUCUUCACUGGAGUAAGGCCAGUGGAUCUAUGAUAACAUCGCUACUGUUUAUUAUGGUAGUAUUAGGGGGAACAUUGAGUAUGUUUUUAACCAAAUGUAUAAACAGCGUAAUAUAUAUAGGUUUACAGAUGAUUCUUAUACUCGUUUCCUUAAUAUUGCUUUUAUUGAGCAUCAAUUUUCAUUUGACUGUCGGUGUAUGGCUAUCAGCGCCUCUGCUGGGAUUUGCCAAGUCGGCCAUUUUUCCUUUGAUCAUUUCCUGGACCAAUAAGACAUUUAUACGUGUGUCUGGUCGGAUAUCGUCUGCUUUCUUUGUAGGAGCUAUGGGUGGAAGUUCUAUAAACCUGUUCAUGCUGGCUUCCGUAAUGGAGAGUACGGGUAAAAUCUGGUUUUGUUAUGUCCUUAUUGUAGAAAGCAUUUUGCUUAUUUUGUUCUUUAUAACCACUGUGAUACUCUCACAAUACGUCAAACAUUGGAAACGAAAACAAGCAGCCAAAGCGAAUGAAAAUGAGAGUACAUAUACAUUUACAGACGGUUAGGACAAAGUCAUACAUAAUAUUCUUAAAGGCGGGUAUCGAGCCAGGAUUUGUCGAUAUUUUAUUCAUGAAUUGUUCUGAAGUUCGUUUAAGUAUUGGGAUAAUUAAUUGCAUUAUACUACCUUCGUGUGAACAGUAACAUCUGAUAGACAGUAUUGUAGUUCUUCUAAGAACAAAACGAAUCUUUAUAAUAGUUCCAGACCAGCGUUAUGUACCAAUCGUUGUUUAUGAUAUAUCGGUGCCAUUUUGAUAUUGACAAAUAAUAAUGUUGUAUGUG